ACCGAUACAUCUUCCUCCGUCCCUCUCCACUGCCUCUCCCAGAAACCUGAGCUUCAACCGUCUGUCGGGCACGCUCGUUCCAUCCAGCUUCAUGCAUCUCGAGGAGCUGUAUGCUCUCCCCUCACUGCACUCCCUUCGCUGCACUCACAUUCUCUCCCUUUACCGGACUUCAAGCAGCACCAUCCCUGUCAUAUCUCUGUCCAACAAUGUUUUCACGGGUUCCGUCCCACCAGAACUUAUUGCGUGGAAUGGCAACAUGCAGAAACUGGACUUGAGCUACAACCAACUAUCAGGGACUGUGCCUACAGGGGUCACAGCCUUGGAUGCCAUCACAAACCUCGAUCUGAGCCACAACGACCUGUCCGGCCCCCUCCCAACGAGCAUCGGCAGCAUAACUACCCUCAAAGCUCUGUCAGUGCUGCACUGUACCACCGCCCUCUCCCUCCCUCCUUUUCCUCUGCUUCUACGACUCUGUUCCCACUGCAACAUUCUUUUUCAACAGUACACCCCUCUCCCAUCUCUCUCCCCAUUCUUUUGUCCUGAAAACCUCUGCUCCAACCAAAUCAGCGGCACACUGCCCACUCUUCUUGGAGGACUAUUAAAGCUGGAAGCCAUCAACCUGCGCAACAACCAGCUGACAGGCCCUGUACUGCAGCCCAUCCCAGCAAACCUCACCGUCUACGAUCUCGACAACAACUACCUCUCCUCAGGCUUCUCCUCCCCACCCAACUGCUCAGAACGCUCCAUCUCCUUCCGAUUUAACUGCCUCCAAGUCCCCAGCCAAGCUUACUCCUGCCCCACGCCUGCGACACCCUCUGCUGCGGAUGCAGCGGUGCAGCGGCCGGAGGAGCUCUGCGAUGUGUUUUGCGGCGUGAGUGCUGCCGAUCCCCCGUGCGGUGGGCAUGGCUCGUGCUAUGUGGACGGGCCCAACAGAGUGCCCACGUGUGACUGUCACCCCGGGUUUGUCAACGGGGAGCUGCCUGGAAGCUGCGUUCCUGAAGGAAGUGAGUGCAGUGCAGGAGGGGAAGAUGGGGGAAGAGGAGACCCCUUCCCUGCCUGCCUGCGCCUUUCCCUCUUCUGCUGCAUACCUUUGCCCCCACUCCCACCACCAGGCCAAGGGGUUGGCCCAGUAACCGUGCAGCCAACAGCAGCACAGACAGCAGUGAAGGGAGGGGCGGCAGUGGCAAGCAACGGGCUCAUCACACUCACAGCCUCACAGCCCAACACGUGGGGUGCAGCGUUUUUUAAACUCCCUGUCCCACUCUUCUCCUUCGCCCUCAAGGCCGGUGCCUGCGGCCGCCCCUUGGCCUUCACCGUCUAUUUCUCCUUCUCCAUUCUCAAACCAGCCAUCUCCCGCAGGGCAGCAGCCACAGCUGCGGGAGAUGCAGGGGAUGGGUUUGCGUUUGUGAUUUCCGCCAGUGGCUCCGCUACGGGCGGUAGCAGUGGCAGCAGCAACGGCAGUGGUGGCGGCGGCAGCUUAGGGUAUGCAGGCAUGGAUGAGCGCAGCAUAGCCGUGGAGUUCGACACUGCCAGAAGCACCGACGCCAACGAUCCGGUCAAGAGUCACGUGGGAGUGAGUGUGAGGGGCAACACCUCUUCCAUCGCAACUGCCAAAGCGCCCUUCUCUCUCAACGACGGCAAACCGAAGCAUGCCUGGAUCGUCUUUGACCCCUCUCCUUCCUCCUCUGCUGGUGCCAGUGAUGGCUAUGGCAGCAGCAGCAGCAGCAGCAGUGGCAUGGGGUCGCUGCGAGUGUUUCUUUCAGGCAAGGUUUCCCACCGGCCGGGCAAGGCGGUGCUGGCGAUGCAGGUGUCGCUGUGCGAGUUCCUGCAGCCCAGUGCAGCCGAGGCAUCGUUCCGCAUGGGCUUCACUGCUUCCUCCUCUGAAUCCCCGCAGCUCCACUCCAUCCUCACCUGGAACAUCACCACAGCUGAAGGGUGGUACAAAGAUUUGAAGCAGACACAUGCAAACUAG